UUCAACAUCGAGUAACAUGGCGUCAAAAGUUGGAUGCGAUGCUUGUAUGUCGUGCUUCGCCGUCGAUAAAUCUCCUCCCAAAUUUGAUGAUCUUGGCAAAGAAGCCAGAGAUGUUUUUGGAAAAGAAUUUGGUUAUGGCUUUUUCAAACUUGAUGCCAAAACAAUUUCAAAGAAAGGAGUGGACUUUACUACAGCAUUGUCCUCAAGUAAUGAGACAGGAAAAGUAACUGGAAACUUAGAGACUAAAUACAAAAAUGCAAAACAUGGUUUGACACUCUCUGAGAAAUGGACCACUGAUAAUGUGCUCAGCACUGAUAUUACAAUUGAAGAUCAACUUGUUCAAGGACUGAAACUGUCAUUUGAUACCAUGUUUGCACCUGGAACAGGGAAAAAAGCAGCGAAGAUCAAGGCUGACUACAAGAGAGAUUACUUUCACCCAACUGCUGAGGUGGACUUUGAUAGUUCAGGACCAAUGGUGACUGCAGCAUCUGUUUUUGGAUACAAUGGCUGGGUAUGUGGUCUUCAUGGUGCAUUUGAUACAGGCAAAUCCAAGAUGACCAACACCAAUAUUGCCAUUGGUUACAGAUCAUCUGACUUUGUCCUCCACUCCUCUGUAACUGAUGCAUCAAAGUUUGCUGGCUCUGUGCAUCACAAGAUCAACCCCAAACUUGAGGCUGCAGCUCUGAUGAACUGGGCAACAGGAAAUGAAAGUGUGAACUUCCAAGUUGGCAUGAAGUAUAUUAUUGAUCCAAUCUCAUCUGUCAAGGUGAAAGUGAACAAUAGUAGUCACAUUGGCGUAUCCUAUUUGCACAAACUCAGUCCCUCCGUGAAACUUGGACUCUCUGCUCUAGUUGAUGCCAAGAAUUUGGACCAAGGUGGACAUAGAGUUGGUCUGUCUUUGGACGUCGAAAUGGAGGCGAAAUAGGCUGCUUAUAUAUGUACAUGAACUAAGUUUAUCAAUUUUAUUUUGUUGCUGUAUAUCACAACCAACUGUCCUGUCUGCACGUACAGUUGACUUGAAUAAAGGGUUUACAUGCACAUCA